UCUUCUCUCUGAAUCAGAUCACAACAACAACAACAUGUCAAGUAUGUGCUGUGCAGAGAAGCACCAUUCCCAUGUCUACACCAGUGGGAAUGGCAAGAAAAGUCUCAGGGAGAUAGAAAUUCCACCCCGGAAGCUCUUCAGCCGUCGCACUAAGCUAUCGGACCAGAACCCAAAUCAUCUCUUUGCAGAUGUUGUUUCAGAUAAGAUCAUAGCUGAAGACGCAUUGUUGCACAAAUUCUUGCCUUGUAAUUCCGGAGACAAUGAUGAUGACGAUGGUUCUGAUGAUCCUUACUCGAGUGAUGAUUUCCGGAUGUACGAAUUUAAGGUGCGUAGGUGUAUGCGAAGCCGUAGCCAUGACUGGACUGAUUGCCCAUUUGCUCAUCCGGGUGAGAAAGCUCGUCGGAGGGAUCCAAGGAGGUAUCAUUACUCCGGCAAUGUUUGUACCGAUUUCCGGCGAGGUGGGUGUCGUCGUGGAGAUGCUUGUGAGUUUGCACAUGGGGUGUUUGAGUGUUGGCUUCACCCAGCGAGGUAUCGAACACAAGCUUGUAAGGAUGGGAAGAAUUGUAAGAGAAAGGUUUGUUUCUUCGCCCACACUCCUCGCCAGCUUCGUGUCUUGCCUUUGCAUACUUCUUCUUCUUCUCCAACCCCUGUUUCUGCUGGUACAUCCCCUGUUACUAUGAACCAAAAGUACCCAAAUCCCAGUAAUCACUGUUGUGUGUUCUGUCACUCUAGUAUUGCUUCAUCUCCGACUUCAACUCUGAUGGGUCUCUCUCAUUUAUCUCCUCCGAUGUCGCCGCCUCUGUCUCCUCCACUCUCACCAGGGGAUGGAUCCAUGGGGGCUACUUUCUCUCCGCUUUCUCGAUUCAAUAAUGAGUAUGAUUCGAUUACUUUGAACCAAUUGUUUCCUAUGGUGUUGGGUCAUAAGAAUGCUCUGGCUGAGCUUGUGAGCUCCUUGGAAGCCAUGGAUCUUGGUAACGGUGGCGGUGGUGGUGGUGGUGCCGCUGUUUCUCCUUCUAGCUGUGAAGAUCAACAAGAGUUCAUCCUCUCACCUUCUGCUCCACCACAACUAAGGAUCAGCAACAGUUUGAUGGACGAAGGCAUCAUCAACAACAACAACAAUGAAUGGUGUUGUCCUGAUUUGGAAUGGGUGAACGAGCUUGUUAUGUAG